AUGAUACAACCACAACGUGAAAGUGUAAAGUGUUUUUACUACUUAGAGACACUGGGGAGCACUCGCACACCUGGAGACCACAGAUACAGAGGUCAGCGAGCCCAGGCAGGGAGGAGAGAAGAGAAUGUAUUACUUUUCAUCUUCUGGAACCCGCCCACCACUGCCCAAGUCACGAUUGAAGCCCAGCCAGCCAAAGUUUCCGAGGGGAAGGAUGUUCUUCUACUUGUCCAGAAUUUGCCUGAGAAUCUUACUGGCUACGUCUGGUUCAAAGGGCAAAUAAUGGACUUCCAUCAAUUCAUUACAGCGUAUACAAUAGACACUGAAACAAUUAUAUUUGGGCCUGCAUACAGUGGACGAGAAACAGUAUAUUCCAAUGCAUCCCUGCUGAUCCAGAAUGUCACCCAGAAUGACACAGGAUCCUACACCAUAGAAAUUAUAAAGCGAGGUGAUAAGAUUAAAGGAGUAACUGGACAUUUCACCUUAUACGUGGAGACUCCCAAGCCCUACAUCUCCAGCAGCAACUUAAACCCCAGGGAGGCCACGGAGACUGUCAUCUUAUCCUGUGAUCCUCACACUCGGGAUGUAAGCUACCUGUGGUGGAUAAAUGGACAGAGCCUCCCUAUCAGUCACAAGUUGCAGCUGUCUGAAAACAACAGGACCCUCGUUCUAUUUGGUGUCACAAAGGAUACUGCAGGACCCUAUGAAUGUGAAAUGAAGAACCCAGUGAGUUCCAGCCGCAGUGACCCAGUCACCCUGAAUCUCCUCUCAGAGCUGCGCAAGUCCUACAUCACCAGCAACAUCAACCCCAUGGAGAAUAAGAACGCUGUAGCCUUAACUUGUGAACCUAAGACUCAGGGCUACACCUACAUGUGGUGGGUAAAUGGUCAGAGCCUCCCGGUCAGUCCCAGGCUAAAGCAACCCGGUAAAAACAAGAUCCUCAUUCUACCCAAUGUCACAAGAAAUGACACAGGAACCUAUGAAUGUGAAAUAUGGGACCGAGUUGGUAGCAUCUGCAGUGACCAGUCACCCUGGAUGUCCUCUGUAUCUUUGUUUCCUCUAUGGUCCAGACAUCCCAGCAUUUUCCCUUCAUGGACCGACUACCGUUUAGGACAAAACCUCUACUUGUACUGCCUCACGGACUCUAAUCCACCGGCAGAGUAUACUUGGACAAUAAAUGGGAGGUUUCUGCAAUCAGGACCAAGGAUCUAUAUCCCCCAAAUUACUACAAAGCAUAGCGGGCUCUAUCGUUGCUCUGUUCGUAACUCAGCCACUGGCAGCGAACUUUCCACAUUCAAGACGAUCAGAGUCUCUGGUAAGUGGAUCCCUGCAUCACUGGCAAUAGGGUUUUAGGUGGAGUCUAUCUGGCUUUCAGAGAAGAGUCAGGAAAACAUUUUUAUUCCCAGUCUGUGUCCCAUGGGUAGAAGCAAAUCCUAAAUUCUCCUUUUGAACCCUCCUAAAUUGUCUCUACAGACUCUCUUCUCCCUGUUUUCCUGUUUUCUCAUGGCUGACUUUGUGUCCAGUCUGACAAGGGUGGGGAGGGGGCUUUUUCAGCCCUGA